CCUGACAAAGUAAGAAGUAGUGGUGGAUUUGCAAAAGAAAUAAUAAAGGCAUAUGGAUAUGGGAAUGUCUCUAAGCACAGGAAUAAAAGACAAAUUACUGAUAACUGUCUGGUGGAUCAAAUUCUGAAUUUAUUAGUUGUUGCCUUGCAUAAUGCAUACAUUUAAAAAUGCGCAUUGAAAAAAGAGUAACCAGAGAAAAACGAAAACAAUCAAGUUGAAUAUGGCCCAAGUGUCGCUUUCUGUUAUGUCAUCCGCUAUUAAAGACUUUUUAACUAUCCAAAAACAAUUGUUCAUUGCCCAGACAAAUUGUUGCUUGAAUAACGUUCUGCCGGGAGUGGAAUUCAUAAUUUUAUCAGCAAUUUUGGAGUAACUAACGAAGAAUUGUUUAUAAGAACACGAGCAAAAUAAUCCAAUAAACUGCAUUAAUGGUGCUAUCUAGACAAACAUUGUCUGUUCUAUUCAAAAAGUAGAGUUUGCGUGGUCAGGAAAAAUUAUCCUGGGCCUUCAGCCCCAAAAUUCCACCCUUCCCCACAAUAAAAGAUUGAAUGUCCACAACGGAAGCCUUAACAUUUUGAAAGUAGCGCAUAUUGUCUUAUUUGUCUGACGUCUUUCUAUUUGAAAAAUAUUUUCAAUGGGUGACUACUUUGCAUUCGGAAGGAAAAUGGUCCUGGUUGCUUUGAACAAAAACGCAAAACAUGCCUGGACUUGUCAUAAUAAAACAAUAUGCUUAGCCAUUCGAGAAGAAAUGAAUUUUUAACCCCUUUAACGUGAAUAAAGCUGGAGGUAAUCUCAAGCGAUUCAAGAAAUAAACAUGGCUGUUGACAAGAAAGCAGAGCUGUAUAAAGGCAGCUCCAUUUGCCUUUUAGUGGUUGUGACAGGAUUGCUAGCUGCUGAAGCAAUAUUUCUGCACUUAAAGAUACACAAAACGGAAAGCGUGCUUACAGAAAGGAUAGACGAACUAGAAAGAAAACACGAGAUAACUGAAAGAAGAUUCAAAGAAUGCCAAAGCAAAAAUGGCGAGCGCUAUCAAACCGACAUGAGUUACUUUUCACAACUUUAUAUCAGAAAAUUCAGGGAAUUAGAAGCACUAAAACGAAGAUCACGACGUCAUAUUGAACCGAGCCUGGUUCUCCUUUUGCAAUAUCUAAAAUUUGGACAUAAGGAUGGUCAAUAUUGCGGCAACGUGACACUAGUUUGCAAGAAGGGUGAAAGAGGAACAAGGGGAAAGCCAGGCCCACGUGGUGUCAAGGGAGAGGCAGGGCGAAGUGGAAAAAUUGGGCCAGUUGGUGUGAUGGGUCCUCCAGGUCAGAAGGGUGACAGGGGGCCAAAAGGUGAACCUGGGUUGCCACAAAGGUCGAUUUCAAAGCCACAAAUCAAAUCAAAGUUCCCAAAAAUCAUCUACAAAACAGAAGGCUCAAAUUUUACGUUAUUCUGUGAAGCUGAAGGACAUCCUGCACCAAAAGUUUUUUGGAGGUUUGGAUCACAAGUACCAGACUCAAGGUACAGUGUUCCGGCUCCAGGUGCCCUCACUAUUUCAACAGUACAGGUGAAUGACAGCGGUAUUAUAAAGUGUGUUGCAGAUAAUGCUCUUGGUACUGUUACAGUUGAAACUGAACUUUCCCUACUAACAAAGCCAAGGGUCUUCAUAAGCUCAAAAACGGCCAUUGGAACGGUUGGGCAUCCUUUAGAAAUCAAAUGCAGCGCCACUGGCAAUCCUAUACCAAAGCUCAGUUGGAGAAGAGGUAACGGUCCCAUCAGAGCCAAAGCUGAACUUGCUUCUGAUCAGAAAAGCAUUGCCCUAAAAUUUACAAAUGUAGUUUAUGAUGAUGUUGGGUACUACAUAUGCGAGGCAACAAACGUUAAUGGCGUAGCAACCCAAUCUAUUCUUUUUGACAGUGGAUAUUCAUCAAGAGACUGUUUAUCAUGGAGGAAAAGCGGCCAAUCAAAAAGUGGAAUUUACGCGGUAAAUCCAGGCCGUGAAAAGCCAUUCUUCGUAUAUUGUGACAUGGAAAAUGAAGGAGGCGGCUGGACCGUGAUCCAGAGACGUACUGAUGGGUCUGUUGAUUUCUAUCGAAACUGGGAAGAAUAUAAGGAAGGUUUUGGAGAUUUGGAAAAUGAAUUUUGGCUUGGAAAUGAUAAAAUCCACCGACUAACAAAGCAAAAGGCUAUGAAGAUUCGAUUCGAUCUUGAAGAUGUGGAUGGCGUCACAGCUUUUGCAGAAUACAACACUUUCUAUAUCGAUGGGGAAGAUAAGCAAUAUGAAGCACAUGUGGGUUCUUAUUCAGGAAAUGCCGGCGAUUCAUUUUCCGAUACAAAUCGUCGUAAAUUUACAACCAGAGACAAAGAUCAUGAUUCAUAUAGUAGAGGAAAUUGUGCGGUGAAGUUCAAAGGUGCAUGGUGGUAUAAAAGAUGUUAUAGAUCGAAUUUAAAUGGGAGAUAUUUGAAUGGUACACAUAGGUCAAACGGCGACGGAGUGCAUUGGUAUUCGUUCAGAGAACAUUCAUUGAAAAGAACUGUUAUGAAGAUAAAGCAACAGAGUUAAAUAUCAAGAACAUUACACCUAUCUGAGCAGUUGCAACAUAUCAUUAAACUACUUCUACAAAAAACUAUUUGUAGCAUUAAAACGUUUUUUGUAAAAAAAACUUGAGCUAGGCUAUAUUAGUAGUUGUAGCAAAGAAAUAUUAAACUUCAGCAGCGUAGCGUUGCAAAGUAUCCUGAAAAUUUACGAACUAAAAUUUUGAUUUUUAGUGUCACAAGCUACAAAUCAAGGCUUGAAUUCCAUUUACGUAUAUUAUAAGUUUACAUCCUUCUUCCACUCCAAUAUUUGGACUUUUAUGACAGCGUGCAAGUAUAACAAGGCUGUGCCCAUGAGAGAUAUGGUACAAGCCCAGCCCAACAGCUUUAAUAAACAGCCUAAAUUAACUCUGAACUGUAGCACUCUUUAUAGUAUAAACGUGGGAUAAUAGCCAAAAGUAAGCAUAAAAUUUUACAUCCAGGUGUGGAAUACAAUAAGAUUCAUACCUUCAAAAUUCUCAACACCAACUGCACCAAACAAAAACCUCAUCGGUGAUUGGUCCUUAAAGAUAAAACUUGUCAACAUCAUACAUGACCAUUGCAUAAAAUGAUACUCUUUGAAGCCCUAUUUAGGAUAGCUGCCUUGAGCCCCUCAACUUUCAAGCAACAAGCAAUAGAUCUGGAAUUGACAAGUAAUUAUACAUCUUGUACAAUAGCAAUCUAGAGAUGAAUUUUUAAAACAAGAUGAAAAAAGACCCAAAUCUAGAGGGCCAAAAAUUCUUAAAUCAAAAGAUAUUUUACAAGCCAUCACAGAUAAGCUUUUCACUGUUUAUCUAUAUAUGGUGUACUUUUUCAAUACCAACAUUAAACUACCAGUCUAGAACCAAUAACAUCCUCACACCAAGACAGAAUAAUUCACUGAAAAAUGAACAAUUAGGGAUCAAGUAAAAUUGAAUGUUUGACAAAUUUCACUUUUAUAUGCAUGACUUACACACAUCUAUGCAUGACAUUCAUCUUAGAAAUAUGUAUGACAUACCAAUCUUUAACAUUCAUAUAAAAUUUUAAUCACAGUAUGCAAAUUAAUAGCUGGUCUCAUUAAAGAAAUUUUUUUUUGAAAAUACACAGCUUUUGUAUAUAAAUCCACACCAUACAUACCGA